AUGGCAACAAAUAUCAAUUUGGAAAUGAAUAUUUUGGAUAUUAAAGAAUUUUUACCUGAACUAGUAAAUCCUGAACUUGAACCAACAAUAAUUCAUUCGAAUGUACCUGUGAAAUAUCUUUCUACAUCACCAGAAGGGAUUGUCACUAUAUUUCAUAUUUCUGAUUGGACCAAUUCAAGUCAUGCAUGGAAAAAUGUAAAAUGGUAUUCAUUUAAUAAAAAAUCACUAUACUUUGGCAAUUCACAAGUAUAUAAAGAAAAAUACUACUGUAUAAGAAUUAAAGCUUGUUGUUUUACUGAUCCUUUACUUAUAAAUAUUGAACAUAAUGAAGUUGAUGUUGAAUCUUCUCUAUGA